UAGUGUUGUUUAGGUUAUUGGUUGAGGGAGUGGCCAGUUUUCCUUUUAAAAGCAGGAGGACCAGGCUGCAAAGAGACAGUCUUUUGAAUGCAAGGAAAACAACCCUCAACACACAACAUGAUGAUGCUUCUUUCAGGCCUCGUUUGCUUCCUGGUGCUGACAGCUGAGGCCGGAGUUGGGCACUCCUCUCAGCAGUCUCUGCCGUAUGAUCUGAUGUCUCAGACUGGGGAUUUUGAGGAACGAAACUAUGGAUCUGUGAAGUGGGCUUCAGCUAAUGAGACGUCCUUCUCCAUGGACUUUACAACAAUGGAUUCAUUCAAACUACUAAGUGAAUACUUCAGUGGUGCCAACGGCAAUGGAACGACAAUGGAAAUGACAUUUCCUAUUCUUUUGAGAAUACCUUUCAACAUUUCUUCGGAAACUGCUGCCUCUAUGAUCAGUUUCUUGCUGCCAGCUAAAUAUCAGACAAACCCCCCCAAUCCCCUGGAUGAUAUGCACUGGCAGUUAAUGAGAGUUGACUUGCAGGUGUCCAUCCAUGGCACGCCCAACAUGACAGUGUUCGCAAAGAGGUACAGUGGAAUGAUGACAGCCAUGUCUGACAACACCACAACAGCAAUCAAUCUGUCCGCUAUUCUCGACCUACUUGGUUUGGGACACGUGCAAAACUACUUCUAUGCUGCUGUGUAUAACAGGUAA